AUGUUUCAGUCACUGUUAAAUUUAAAGUAUAUAUUCAUACAUUUUAUGAUAGAUAUUCCUGGUAGCAAAGUAGUAAAGAUGAUAUUAAUAACAAAGAAUUAGUGGAUGCUACUAUAAGCAUUUUAGGAUUUAGUCUAAAAAAUCUUCCAUUUGAUGUAAUUAUAUUUUUGAUCAAUUAGAAGAAAAAAGAACUUAUUUAAUAAGUAUAUAGUAGAACAAUUUGGUUUACUUAUCGCAAGAAUUUUCCUUAAAUCUUAAGUAUUAAAGUCCAUUUAUUUUUAGAUAGUUAAUAAACAUCAGAUGUAGGUUGGGGUUGUAUGUUAAGGUCAGGUUAAAUGAUAUGGGCUUAGAUAUUGAGAGUUCAUAUUAGAUAAAAGAAAUAGCAAAGCAAAGAUUAUUAAUAUAAAUUACUUUGUGCUUUUUCAGAUGAUGAUGAUGAUGAAUAUAAAAAAUUGUUUACAAAUGAUUUAAAAUUAUGUUUGAGUCCAUACUCAAUACAAAAGAUAGAAGCUAUCUCACAAAUUAAAUUUUCUGCAAAACCUUGUUAAUGGUAUAGACCGGAUUAGAUUUUGAAUGCGUUAUCAUUAUUGCAUUAAUAAAAACCAUUAUAAGGAAGUGAAGAUUUAGAAACAUCUAUCUCUGAUAACUUAUUUUAUGAUAGAUUAUUUUGUGAUAUGUAUGGACUAAAAAUGGAUUGUGAACACAUAAUAAAUGAAAUCAAAAAAGACAAGACUAAAGAAAUAUCUAAAAUAUGUAACAUUUGCAAAAAAAAACAACCAAAAUCAUUAGCCAUAUUUUUUUUAACAAGAAUAGGACUUGAAGAAAUAAAUAAGGAUUAUAUCCCAUUUCUAAAUGACUUAAUAGAUUUACCAUGGUUUUAAGGAAUUAUAGGUGGAAAAGAAGAUAAAGCAUAUUACAUCCUUGGAAGAGUUAAUAAAAAAUUAAUAUAUUUGGAUCCUCAUUAUAUUUAAGAACAUACCAGUAGAGGUAAUGUUGUGAUGUUGAAAGAUUCCUUCUUUUGUAAAGAUGUAAAAUAUUUAAAUGAAGAAUAAAUGAGUCCAUCACUAGCUUUAGGAUUUUAUUGUUAAAAUUAAAUGGAAUUAGAUAAUUUCUUUAAUUCUGUAGAAUAAAUUAAAAAGAAUUAUAAUACCGAUAAAACAUUUGGUUACAUAGAUAGAAUCACUCCAAAUACUUUCAUUAUUGGAAUAGAUGAAAAUGAUUAUCUUAUAAUUAAAAAUGAAAUUUAUGAAUGA